AAUUACAUAGGGCUUUUGAAAGAAAAAAGAAGAAGAAAGAAAAACCUAUUUCGGAUGUGUUUAAUCGUUUGUCGUUGAAUCAUAGUAUGUGCAUGCCAUUACCCAGUUGUAAUAUUCUUUGGAGGUUAUAUUCCAUCGUUCGCCAGAUCAGAACUGCAGCUACUUUGUCACCGUAGUGCAACCACCGGUGACCCAUUCCUGUUAAUCUCCGAUUUGCAGGAUGGAGCUCUAGGUUGCAUUUUGGAGUGUUCUAGCUCCAAAGCAUUGGUUGUGCCAGAGGGUGUGAACUUGUAUGUUUAUAGAAUCACAGGGGCAAUUUGGUAAUACAAAAUGGCUGAUGCACAAGAGAUGUGGUGCCUUGUGACUGGAGGAAGAGGGUUUGCAGCAAGGCAUUUAGUGGAUAUGCUGAUCCGUUAUGAUAUAUAUGCAGUUAGAAUUGCAGAUAUUGGGCCUGAUAUCAGGCUUGAAAGCCAUGAAGAGAGAGGAAUUCUUGGGCAAGCAUUAUCCUCAGGUCGUGCUCAAUAUGUAUCUAUGGAUCUGCGCAACAAAUCUCAAGUAUAUAAAGCUUGUCAAGGGGUUGAAGUUGUUUUUCAUAUGGCUGCUCCAGAUUCAUCAAUCAAUAACCACCAGCUGCAUUAUUCAGUCAAUGUUCAUGGCACAAAGAACAUAAUUGAUGCUUGUAGUGUGUUAAAUGUGAAAAGGCUUAUCUAUACUAGUUCUCCUAGUGUGGUGUUUGAUGGGAUACAUGGAAUACUUGAUGGGGUUGAAGCAAUGCCAUAUCCUGCCAAGCACAAUGAUUCAUAUUCUUCAACUAAGGCUGAAGGAGAGGCAUUAGUUAUCAAGGCAAAUGGCAUGAAUGGACUUUUGACAUGCUGUAUUCGUCCUAGCAGCAUUUUUGGUCCUGGUGAUAAGUUGCUUGUUCCAACAUUAGUUGCUGCAGCAAGAGCAGGAAAAUCAAAGUUUAUGAUUGGGGAUGGAAAGAACAUGUAUGAUUUCACUUAUGUUGAAAAUGUGGCACAUGCACAUGUAUGUGCUGAAAGAGCUCUUGCAUCAGGAGGUACUGUAUCAAAGAGAGCUGCAGGCGAGGCUUAUUUUAUAACUAACAUGGAGCCGAUCAAGUUUUGGGAGUUCAUGGCACUUAUUCUUUCAGGCCUUGGCUAUGAAAGGCCACAAAUCAAGAUUCCUGCUUUUGUGAUUAUGCCAAUUGCCCAUUUAGUAGAGCGUAUAUAUCAGAGGUUAGCACCCUAUGGGAUGAAGGUACCACAGUUGACACCUUCAAGAAUCAGACUCCUCACUUGCAACACAACUUUUAGUUCUUUAAAAGCAAAUGAUCGACUUGGCUACAGACCUAUUGUAUCACUUCAGGAGGGUGUGAAAAGAACUGUUGACUCGUAUGCUGAUCUCAGAGCUGAACUUUGGCAUAGUAAGGAAAGACCUUCUAAAGCCGCUGUAUGUCUUGGAAAUGGAAUUGUUGCAGACAUACUUCUAUGGAGGGAUGCAAAAGUGACACUUGGUGCAAUGGUGGUUUUGUUUGGAUUCUAUGUCAAUUUUGUAGUACCUGGACAAACCAUGAUUACUUCCAUUUCCAAAGUCUUCAUCAUGGCAACCAUUUUUUUGUUUAUCCAUGGGAGGUUGCCAAAUAGUUUCAUGGGAUAUUCAAUUGACAAAAUUCCAAAAUCAAAGUUUCAGUUCACAGAUAAAUCAUACCACCAGACUGCUUUAUCAGUGGCUUCUUCAUGGAAUUAUGCAGCUAAUAGUCUAACAUCUAUUUCCAGUGCGAGUGACUCAAGGAUAUUCUUCAAGAUGGUUAUAUCACUCUUCAUGCUUGGCUUGAUUGGAUCCUUGUCACUUCAAAGUUUCUUUUCGAAAGUGCUUCCCUUUGCCUUUGUUGCUUUCUACCUUUAUGAGCAAAAGGAAAACAAAAUCGAUGAAUUUCUUGAAAAAGGUGUCCCGAUCAAACGCUUGUCAAAUUCCUUCUUUCCAAGAUUAUUUAAUCCCUUCAAGCCCAUUAACAAACGGCCUACAUAA